AUGGACCGAAACACCUUCGAAGAGCUGCUGGACCAGUCCCUUCUGGCAUUCCGCCAGCAGCUCCUGGAGUCCUUCCCCGCCGUCACUUCACUCGAGGCACCACCGAGCGCUGAUGGAGCCUCAGAGGGUCUCCGACCUCCGGAAGAAAAGAAGGCUGACAAGGCAGCGUCCUUCGAAGUCCCACCGCUGGGGCCAGUGGAAAACUCGGAAAACUCCUUCGAGCUGAACCUGGAUGCCAUGGAGAGAACUGGUUCUAACAGCGUGGCGUCCAUGUGGUCUGGCACGUCGGAUCCGACUGAGCCAUCCUCGCCAGUCUUGAAGAUGGCAGCGCCCUACCUCACUUCGAGGCUCAACGGCCUCAGUGACCAGGAAGCUCAAGCGGUCAGGAGGCGACUGCGGCUUCGCUUGGGGAUCUUCUCCCCAAACACCUUGAUCACGGGUCAGGCACUCCAUGAUGCUGUCUUCGCCUUGGGCCUUACCCGGUACAAGGUGGAGGAUAUGAACGCAGUCGUGAAUCUCACCGCGGAUUUUAUCGGACUGCAGUUCCAGGAGACGCGAGUGCGAAGGAUUAGCCUCAGCUCUACGGCAUCCCCUCGCAGCAAAUAUGGUCGGCCCGUCUGGAAGUGGCCGCCCCAUCGCGAGUCGAUGAUGAUGCGACGAAGUGGCUCAAUGGCUUCGUGGAUGCAGCGUGCGCCGCCCCCCAGCAAGUUCAAUUGCGUACCUGCGGAACCGCUCAUGACGCUGUUCCUUGCAGAGGACGCCGAGGUUCAGAAGCGCAUCUUCGGGCCUCAUUCGCUGAAAGUCUUUCAGGCGGUUCGGGAGAUUCUCCUGGCCGGCGACACAAAUCGCCUGGUCGCGGAGCUCACAUUCGUCCGCAUUAAUGAUCUAGCGGCGCCGCCCGAACCGCUGCAUCCACUCUUGCUACUGGAGCCUUUUGUGGCGCUACUCAUUGUUGCCAACGGCAUAAUGACCGGCGUGCAGACGGAGUUGGAAAAUUGGGAUGGCUGGCUCUACUUCGAGCUCGUCUUCACUACUGCGCUGCUUCUGGAAAUCCUGCUGCGCAUAAGUGCCCUGGCAAACUUGCGCCUUUCCGGACCUUCCCGUUCCCCAGGUUUUCUUUGGGGUCUGCGAAUCUCUGCAUCCUCAACCCUAAGCCCUAAAGUGAAUGUAGAUUCAUUGAAUGAGCGGUGUGUGCUCUGGCAAGGGAUUAGAGCGGUUUACUCAGGAGGUGACAUGACCAGAAGGAUUUGA